AUGGCGUGUAAACCGCCCAUUUACAAUGGGGAGGUUGACCCGAUCAUAUGUCAGCGAUGGUUAAGCGAUAUGGAUGGGGUGUUCGAAAGGACUCAUUGUGAUCCGGAUGACUACGUAGCCUAUGGCACGGGUCAGUUAAGGGGCCAAGCUAAAGACUGGUGGGAUAACAAGAAAAAGGAAAUUGGAAGCGAAGCGGCUAAGGCUAUGACAUGGGAUGAGUUUAAGACGCCGUUUUUUAAACAUCACAGUCCCAAGGCAGUCAUUAACAAGAUUAAGGAAGAAUUCAUGCAGCUUCGACACAAGGGUGAAUCUAUUGACAAAAUCACGGGAAUAUUCAUGGAUAAGAUGAAGGAGUUUAUGACUCCUUCAAAGUAUGAGACUCUCACCGAAAUUAUAAAUGUUGCUCGGGAACGGGAGAUAGAGUUGAAGAAACAGAUUGAAAGAGGUGAAAGAAGGGCUCAGAUAGUCAAUCCAAGCCCAACGAAAAAGGCGCGUACAACAGAAUCCUCAAAGAAACAAGAAGGUAAAGGCGGGUCAUCAAACUGCAAGAUAUGCGGGAAGGGGCACUAA